UAAACAGGACGGUGGCUGGAGCCACUGGUCACCAUGGUCAUCAUGUUCUGUCACUUGUGGCACGGGCAUGAUCACUAGAAUUCGUCUCUGCAACUCUCCAGUACCACAGCUGAAUGGGAAACCUUGUGAGGGUGAAGCAAGAGAAACCAAAUCCUGCCAGAAAGAUCCUUGCCCAAUUAAUGGCAACUGGGGGCCAUGGUCUCCAUGGGAUGUCUGCACUGUCACAUGUGGUGGAGGACUUCAAAAGCGCAGUCGUCUCUGCAAUAACCCAGAACCUCAGUAUGGGGGGAAGACUUGUGUAGGUGAAGCCAAAGGGACCCAGGUCUGCAACAAACAGGACUGCCCAGUUGAUGGGUGUCUGUCUAAUCCUUGCUUUGCGGGAACAACAUGUACCAGCUCCCCUGAUGGCUCCUGGAAGUGUGGAGCCUGUCCAGCUGGCUACCAUGGUGAUGGUGUCCACUGCCAGGAUAUUGAUGAGUGCAAAGAGGUUCCUGAUGCCUGCUUUGUCUUCAAUGGAGUGCACAGGUGUGAGAACACUGAACCUGGGUACAACUGCCUGCCUUGUCCUCCGCGUUUCACUGGGACACAGCCGUUUGGCCGCAGCGUUGAGGAUGCCAUGGCUAACAAGCAGGUAUGGUCAACUUGA